GGGAUGGCGCAAUGCGCACGCUCCGACUCGGCCGCUGGCGGACCUGACUGAAGGAGGCCACGACCACGUCUGGUUGGCCUCGGGGCGCUCUGGCUCGGCUCUUCCUCCGCCCUCGAGGCCCCCGCAGUCCCAUCAUUCAGCUCCGUAGGGUCACCGGCGCGGCAGUGGCCUCGCAGGGCGCUGGGUCCCUCUCCCCGGCUCUCCUCCCCCUGGCCCCGUCGCCCCGCCCUCGCCGGGCUGGGCUGCGGGGUCAGGGGCCGAGCGGACCGGGAGUCUUGCUCUGUCGCCCAGGCUGGAGUGCAGUGGCAUGAUCUCGGCUCAUUGCAACCUCUGCCUCUCAGGUUCAAGCAAUUCUCCUGCCUCAGCCUCCCGAGUUGCUGGGACUACAGGUGCCCGCCACCGUGCUCAGCUAAUUUUUUUAUCAUUUAACAUGGAAGAAGAUGAGUUCAUUGGAGAAAAAACAUUCCAACGUUAUUGUGCAGAAUUCAUUAAACAUUCACAACAGAUAGGUGAUAGUUGGGAAUGGAGACCAUCAAAGGACUGUUCUGAUGGCUACAUGUGCAAAAUACACUUUCAAAUUAAGAAUGGGUCUGUGAUGUCACAUCCAGGAGCAUCUACCCAUGGACAGACAUGUCUUCCCAUGGAGGAGGCUUUCGAGCUACCCUUGGAUGAUUGUGAAGUGAUUGAAACUGCAGCAGCGUCCGAAGUGAUUAAAUAUGAGUAUCAUGUCUUAUAUUCCUGUAGCUACCAAGUGCCUGUACUUUACUUUAGGGCAAGCUUUUUAGAUGGGAGACCUUUAACUCUGAAGGACAUAUGGGAAGGAGUUCAUGAGUGCUAUAAGACGCGACUGCUACAGGGACCAUGGGACACUAUUACACAACAGGUACUAACAAACAUAACAUCACUUUACCAAAGAAAAAGGACAGGAUUGUGUUAGAAACGAAGACUGCUCAGUAUAACCAGCGAAGACAGUCCCCCAACUACAGUAGCAUAAGAAUGUGAGUUAAUGCUUAAAUAAUCCACUGACAUAGACUUUAUAGGUUAAAAUAAAGAUUACAUAAGUUACUGUUAGUGAACAUUUUAUUGUAAUAUGGUAAUUUAUUAUUGUAGUCUCUUUUCUUGGCUUUAUGCAAAGCCAAUAAAGAAAAACGCUAGCUACUUUGACAACCUUCCAACAGAUUCCAGGAAUAUUAUCCACAGCGUGACCAUUAUGACCAAUCCUACAACUAGACAUUUUCCUGGAAUGAAAUACAGGAACCCAAUGCACAUACAGAUACACAUUCAAAUUUUUAUAGCUGUCAAAUUAGAACUGUGUCUCUCAGUGCUAUCAAAAAAUAACAGGAAAAAGCCCACAUUUAUCUGAGGUGUUGUGUGUUUAGACUUUCAAAAUUUUUUUUCAGAACAUCAGUAACUGGAGUGUUUCAAUAUUUUCAUACAAACACACAAAAUUUACUCCUCUUCCCUUCACAAAACAGAAAACAAAAACUCUUACUAAGUACUUAGAUAAAUUUGUGCCUGAGUUUACUAAGUAGCUACCUGUAAGGCAAUGUUUAUCGUUUUGCGAUAGGGUGUUUCUGACAGGAACAAUUCCAUUUGGAGAAUAAACUAUUGUUUUGACUUGAGCUGUGCCAAUUACUUGGGCAAAUUUAUUUAUAAAAUACUUAACAGCUGCCUUAUUUGGGCUUCCGACUUCUAAGAUGAGAGCAGUAAUUCCCACAAAUGGAGAAAACAGGAGGUGGCUACAUAAGAACUACCUGACAGAUUUCUCAUGGAUACCCUCAAGAUGGUUUCCCAGGGGAAUUCUGAUGUCACUGGGUUUGGGAACCACAGAACUAAGUGAUCUCCUGAUUCUUUUUGCUAUAACAAUUUCUGAUUGGUUUGGGCUUUGCUAGGCAAAUAAAGAGAACACAGAUUAAAUAACAGACUAAAUUAACUACCCUCUCAUAAAUUUUAUGUAUACACAUAUAUGUUAAUACAUUACUUUUUAUUUAUAAAUAAUUUAAGGCACACAAGAAGUUGCAAAAAUAGAAGUUUGUGUAUACCCUUCAUCCAGCUUUCCCAAAUGAUAAUAUCUUUCAUAACCAGAGUAUAUUUUCAAAACCAAGAAAUUGACAUUAGUCCAAAACUAUUAACUACAGAAUUUACUCGUUCACCAAUUUUUACAUGUUUUUAUUGUGUGUAUAGUACUAUGAAAUUCCACUGCAAGUAUUGAUUUCCAUAAAUAUCACCAAGAUAAAGACACAGAAGUGUUUCAUUCCUACAAACUCCCUCAUACUAUCCUUUUUUUUAUCGUCAGACUCUGCCCCCAUUCUGAAUCCCUAGUGAUCACUGAUCUCUUCUCCAUUGCUAUAAUUUUGUCAUUUCAAGAGUGUUAUAUAAAUGAAUCCAUACCAGAUGCAACUUUGAGAUAGGCUUCUGGUACCCAGCAUACUACCCUAGAAAUACAUAGAAGUUGUUUUAUGUAACAAUCUGGCUGAGUAGUAUAUCAUUUAUGGAUAUACCACAGUGUAUAUAUUGGCCCAUUGAAGGAUAUUUAGGUUGUUUCUAUUUCUUGGCUGUCCAAAUAAAGUUGUCAUGAAUAUUUAUAUACAGGUUUUUGUGUGGACACUUACUUUCAUUGCUGUAUUUCAAUCCUGUACCCAGGACUACAAUUUCUGGCUCAUGUUGUUAAGUAUCACUUUUUCAGAGUGACUGUACUAUUUUUCCACCAACAAUGCAUGAGGGAUGCAGGUGCCCUCCUUUCUCACCAGUAGUUGGUAUUCUCAGCAUCUUUAACUUUAGCCAGGUUAUAGUGAUAACUUGUUUUUGUUUUAAUUUGCAUUUGCCUGAUGGCUAAUGAUCAUCUUUUCAUGUGCUUAUUUGCCAUCUGUUUUGUGAAGAGACGUAUAUUUGCCCAUUUUGUAAUGGGAUUGUGUUUUCUCACUUUUUGUUUAGAGAAUUGUUUUAGAUGUAAGUCCUUUAUUGGAUAAGUGUUUUGCAAAUAUUUUCUCCCAAUCUAUGGUUUGUCUUGUCAUCCUAUUGACAGGAUUUUUUAUUUUAUUUUUAUUUUUUAAGAGAGGGUCUCACUGUGUUGCUCAGGCUGAAUUGCAGUGGCACAAUCAUAGGUCACUGCAGCCUCAAACUCUUGGGCUCAAGCGAUCCUCUGAUCCUCUCAAGUACCUGGGACUACAGGUGCACACCACCAUGCCAGGCGAAUUUAAAAAUUUUUUGUAGAGAUAGUGUAGCAGGAUGAGCCGCAGACAAAACCUCUCAAGACACUGAGUUGUAGAAGGAAGGGCUUUAUUCAGCUGGGAGCAUCGGCAAGCUACUGCCUUAAAAUUCAAGCUCCUCAAGUGCACAAUUUCUGUCCCUUUUAAGGGCUCACAACACUAAAGAUUUCACAUGAAAGGGUCGUGAUUGAUUGAGCAAUCUAGGGGAUAUGUGACAGGGGUUUCAUGCACUGGUAGUCAGAGUGAAACAGAACAGGGAGUUGCACAAUGUUCUUUUAUACAAUGCCUGGAAUCUAUGGAUAACAACUGGUUCUAAGUCAUGAGUUGAUUUUUAACUACUAGGUUUAGGCCAGGCAGGCCCAGGGCUGAUUUUAGGCCUGGUGCCGGGCUGCCUGUCUUUGAUUUCACUUCCUUGUUUUUUUCUUAAAACAAGUACUGAGUAUCGAGACCCCGGUGAAAUCCCGUCUCUACUAAAAAAUACAAAAAAUUAGCCGGGCGUGGUGGCGGGCACCUGCAGUCCCAGCUACUCGGAGAGGCUGAGGCAGGAGAAUGGCGUGAACCCGGGAGGCGGAGCUUGCAGUGAGCCGAGAUUGCGCCACUGCACUCCAGCCUGGGCGACAGAGUGAGACUCCGUCUCAAAAAAUAAAUAAAUAAAUAAAA